AUGCCGGUAGAGAACAGGGAAUCAUGGAAAGAAUAUCAGGUUUUCAGCAUCAGCUAUCUCAUCUUCCUUUUUGAGAUAAUUGUUGGAGCUAAAGUGUUCUGGUAUCCUCAGGUGGCACACAUCCCCAGUGCGCUAUUCUUCGACUUAGAUGGCAUAGUUGAUCGGACAACUGAUCUUCUGCUCAUCAGAGGAGAGGUCGUGCAGGCCGUGUUCAGCCAGCCAGGGACGAGAUGGCUGAGGGCUCGCGCUGCUGGGAAGCAGCAGGUCAGGGAAUUCGAGCUUGUUCGGGGAAGGGCGCACACGGGGAAGAAGAGUUGGAUCGUCAGCUUUGAUGGCAUCAACAACCUGGACGAGGCUAGGCAAAUAGUUGGUUCAGCUAUACUUGUGAAAGCUCGAGAUAGACCAGAAAUUGAGGAUGAUGAAUUCUAUUCACUUGACCUUGUUGGAAUGAGAGUUAUUGUCAAGGAUACAGGCAAGCUCGUAGGAAUAGUUGGUCAGGGUUUCAAUUUCGGAGGUGGAGAUCUUCUACAGGUGAUAAUGGGCUCUUCUGAGGGUACUGCUGUUGAUCCAGAUUCAGAAAAUCAAGAUUCAAACUCAUCACGUGAGCAUGUGUGGAUUCCAUUUGCUGAAGAUAUUGUACCUGAUGUUGAUAUGGCAAGCAGAGAAAUGCGGAUUACACCUCCGAAGGGGUUACUUGAGCUCAAUUCUCGUUCUAACAAGAGAUCGAAGAAAGAAAGGCAUGCGAUGGUUAGGUCUGCAUCAUCCUUUUCUAGCAUCCAUGCUCGCAUCUACAGCCAUGAUUUGCAUCUUAAAAGAAAUAAAGAAUGUGUCAGGUCCAUAGUACUGAAAUGUUGAUAGCAGUAGAUGUCCUGGCUGAAGAUUGUAGAUAUUAUCUUGCAUGUAUUAUAACAAAUGACUCCUCCCCUCACGAUGACUUUGCGGACAGAUGUCUCAAUUCUAGUGGUGGAGCUACGAACAACAAUCUGAUGUCCUGAUCGAGAGCGAUGGAGCUAAUAUUUGAACUUGUGUGUUUGAACUUGUGAACUAAAAAUGUGAACUAUGGAUGUGAACUUGUGUGAAUUUGUGAACUUAUAUAUUUGGACUUGUGUGAAUUUGUGA